GGCUCAAGAAAUUUUGCUGACUCGAAAGAUCCAGUAUGGCUGCUCUUUUCAGGAUUGCAAAAAGAGCUUCUCUGCUAGCAAGAGCUCCUAAAACCAUCACUGCUGCCUUUAUAAACAGGAGCUACAGCUUAGCUGCAACAGUUGAGACUGCUCCUGAAGUGUACACAAUUCCACCUCCUCAACCAAAAGAUAAGAAACCAGGUCAAUUGUCUCCUGAACAAGUCAAGCAAUACUUCAAUGAUGGGUUUGUACUGGUACCUUCAUUUUUUACUAAAGAAGAAUUGAAACCAGUAAUGGAUGCUAUUGAAGAAUUGAAGACACAUAUAGCAACAGCUUGGAUACCACUUAUUGAUGCCAAUAAACUUAAUGGUUGCAUGCAAAUGGUCAAAAGAGGACAUCGGGCUGGUAAGACUGCUACUCAUACCUGCUGUGCUGGAGGUACUUGGUAUGUUGAUUUAGCUGAGGAAGAGAUGGAGAAAACUCUUGGAGUUAAUAUGAAGACUGACGUGGUCACUUGUGAAGUACCUUUAGGCGGAGUCCUCUUUUUUAGCAACUGCAUCCCUCACAGAAGCCUUGAAAAUUAUUCCAAUGAUGUACGCUGGAGCCUUGACCUUCGUUGGCAGCGUCCUGAUGAACCUAGUAACUUCUUUGGUCUUAAAGAUUGUAUAGUAAUGCGUUCAGAAGAUAAACCCAGUAGUUCUAUUGAUUGGGAAGGAUUUGCAUCUGUGGAUCGCAAUAAGCUUCAGAUGGGUUUUGAAGGUGAUGAAAAGGAGUCCGAUCCAUUUGAUACCACAAUACAUGGUCCAUGGAUGGAGAGAUGGGGUAUUACUCACACUAACAGACAUACUGAAGCAUUUCUUGCCAGUUUAAAUUCACACACAAACAAAUAAUGGUUUUUUGAAGCAAUGUUAUUUUGUUACCUAUUGCUGUAUGCUAUGAUUUUCCUAUUUUUCAAAGAAAAAAGUGAAGUAAAACUCUA